AUGGGAAUAAUACGGAGCAGCUUCCCUUUCCUCAUGGGAACAGUGAGUGGGAUCUACAUCGCCCAGAACUACAACGUCCCCAACAUCAAGCAACUUGCCAACUGCACCGUUUCAAAGGCCAAGCAAUUAGAGCAGAGAUAUCGCAAACCCAAAAGCAGAGACGACGACGGUUGA